AUGCGGCGUAAAAUUAAUUAUGAUUAUUUAAAUAGUAUGGAUUGUAAACAAACUAAUAAAAAUCGUGAAAUAAUAGACAGUUGUUUUGUCCUGCAUUCGAAUCCUUCAAAUGUGGGUAUUUUUAAUGCAGUAUCAUUACGGAGAACAAAAUCUCCAAACUUUUGUAAACAAUGGGGAUGUGGAAAAACCUUUGUUAUUAGAAGGAAUAGAGAAUGGAGUUUAAUUGAACGGGGGGGUAUACAACCUUAUAGUAGUAGUAGUAGUAGUAGUAGUAGUAGUAGUAGUAGUAGUAGUAGUAGUAGUACUACUACUACUACUACUACUACUACUACUACUACUACUACUACUACUACUACUACUACUACUACUACUACUACUACUACUACUACUACUACUACUAAAUAG